AUGGUCAAGGUUAUAGAGUUGCCCAGCUUGCACAUCAACACAAGCAUGCUAGCUCAGUUCAUCAACUGGCUGGUCUGCUUCAUCAGAAGGCUGGGAAAGAGUCAUUCCAUUGGAAAAAGGUUUAUUCUUUCAAAUGGAGAUGGAAAACAUGGAAUCACUCAAUUGAUGGAGUCCCUUGAUGAAGAAAUCUCUGGAAGAAUUGGAAAAGUAAUGGCCAAGGUAACCGUUAUGUGUGCAACUUAUGUUUAAAGGUAACAUAACCAUCCUUUUGAUCUUCGACUUUCCAAUGAAACUGUGAAAAUUACCCAUGAGUUCCCUCAGUUUUUUCCUAUGGGGGUUGUACAACAUGACUGAUCUUGAUGAAAUUUUUAUGAAU